AACGCGUUCAAAAGAAUCGACUCGUUCAGCGGUUGCACACUCGCUGCCCGGAAAGCUAGUUUUUGAAGCUACUGGCUAGCCGUGGCCAGGAAGAAACCUAAACAUCGAGAUGCUGACUAACUAACGUACUUAGCUGCGUUUAGAAAAAUUAUUAGAAUCCUAUUCAGCGCAAAAACAGCAAGUGGAAGGAUAUUUCCCAUAAUUUACAGAUAAGCGAUGGAAGGAGAUGACUGCAGCUUUCCUCCAGAUCUGUCGGAUAAUCACUCACAAAGAGGAAGUGUUGCUUCCUCUGCGACACUUUCCCGUGCAGCUCAAGAUGUGCUCGUGUACUUGUUCGGUGAGAGCGCAGUUCAUUUGUCUCUGGAAGGGCUCAGCAGUGUCACCGUGCAGGAGUUGGGUCACAGCGUUCGUGAGGCCCUGCAGGUUCCUGAAUCUGUGCAGGAUGCUUUCUCCUUCUGGCUUUGCUCUCCACUGCUCGAACUACAAUUAAAGACGAGACACCGACCGUACAAAUUAUGCAGGCAGUGGCAGGACUUGUUGUAUCGCUUCACCGAUGCAUCAGAGGAGGACAUUUUGCAGGAUGAACCUUAUCUCCAGUACAGACGCAACGUGUUUUAUCCCAAAGCUAAAGAGCUGCAGAUAGACGACGAGGGAGUGUUGAGACUUCUUUAUGAGGAGGCCAGGAGCAACAUCCUGUCAGGUCGAUACCCCUGUGACCCCGAACACUGGACGGCGCUCGGAGCCUUGUCUGUUGCUCUUGAAGAAGGAACUGCUCUAAAUGACGAGCAAGUCAUCACUACUAUAAGGGAAAAGAAGCUGUCAUCUUUUCUGCCUGCGCAUGUUGUCAUGGGGAGCGGAGGCUUUUUCUCCACGCUGAGAGGGAAGUCCAGCCAUCAGACAGAUCUGGAGCAGAAACUUUUGUCCGAGUACAGAAAGAUCAGCUCCUCUACAGGAAACUCUCCUGAGCCCCAACAGCUGCUGCAUCAGUACCUCAACAUGUGCCACAUGCUGCCUUUCUACGGGUGUGCUUUUUUCUUUGGUGAGAUUGACAAACCAGCACAAGGGCUCCUCCAGCGGGGGAAACGUAAAUCUGUGAACAUCGGGAUCUGCUUGGAUGGAGUUUAUGUGAUGGACGCAAAAGAGAAGCACGUGCUGCUCGGCCUGCGUUUCAAUGAGCUCUCUUGGGACCACAGCAACCCUGAGGAGGAGGGGGACUCGCACAUUCUGUGGUUGGAGUUUGAUGGAGAAGAAGACGGCACUCCUGUCAACAAGCUACUGAAGAUUUACUCAAAACAAGCGCAGCUAAUGAGCGGCUUCAUCGAGUUCUGCGUGGAGCUGAAGUCUGCGUCUGAGGGGGGCGCUGCAGCCGAGGCGGACACCGAGACGGACACCGAGGCGAGCGUUUCUCAGCGACCCGCCGAGCAGGAAGGCAGCACCAAAAACGGGCGAGGAGGACGGCGCGUGAAGCUGCAGAGGCAAGGCAGUGUCGUGUGCAGUCGGGUGCACUCGCUGAACACCAUCAGCUACGUGAACAACGGAAAAGAAAUCAAACGCCUGAAGCCAAAAAGAGCCGCGUCCUUUUUCACCAGACAGGCUUCUGCACCUUCCUACUCUGCUGUGCAGGUGACUGACAGUCAGGAGCAGGGUUAAACGUCUCUGCCGUGUUCCUCGCAAAGACCAAAUCUGAACAUUUUACACUGAGAUUUAAAAAUAUAAGGCUUGGAAAGUUUUUCUGCAACUACAUGAACAUGCAAGGGACCAAGCGAGAAGUUUGUAAGUGUGAGUAUAUUUACCCUCAGAAAUGGUGUACAUAAUGAAAGUACAGAAAUGUGAAAAACAGCACGAUUAUUAAUAUUUUUAAGUUAAUGCUUCGAAGGCUGAACUGAAGCAGCUGUUCAAUAGAUGGCCUUAAACUCGUGACAACAAGUCCUUAACCACUACAUUACCUCUUCGUAGCCUGUUGGCUUUUUAACCAUCAAGAAUGUUGCAAUACGUCCUCACAACAGAUGAAACUUGUUGUUACUUCUCCAAACUGUUAAAAGGUGUCUGCAGCCUGCCCACAGUCAGCAUGACGAACACUUUCAGGGUCUGAGGGGGUGUCGACACUAUUCUGCUUCUAUCAAACUGCCGGUGCCUUGUUCUCACGAAGAACUGAAGCCACUUAAGAGAAGGACUGAUAGAAAACAUUUAAGUGUUUGUUAUGGGAGCACAUUGGCUGUGUUGUAGAAAUUACAUGUAAGUACAUAUUGAUUAUUGUUUUGCAAACUUUGGAUUCAAUAGUUGGUUGUUAUGGAUGAAAAACGAGCUUGUUUUCUUACAGAUACAAACUAAACCUAAAACUUUGGCGACAUAGUAAUAAUUGUUAAAUCUGGCUAUUUGGAUAUUCUUUGAGAGCAAUAUCUUUAAAUCAGCUCAUUUAUUAGUGGCAUUAAUGUAAGACACAUUCUUUUACAGUGGAUUAUUAUUUUUUGAUUAGUUUGAUCAGUUAAACGAAGUUAAACUGAUGUGAUGUGUUUGAACACUUCUGACAUGAAAGAACCUCCUGAGUUGUACGUGGCUAGCUGUUUGAAGCUAUUUCUUUUCUUCAUGCAAAACAGAUGUGGUCCAAUUUAUGUUAAAGGGACAGGGAGCAAUGAAUUUUAUAAGUUAAUGUCUUGUUUUCAGCUUUGUACUGAUGCGUUUUCAGAUCCCUAAGUGGUUUCUUUAAGUGUAAUCCAUUAAGAUUAGCAGAAAAAUAUAUAUAAUAUGCUAUUUGUUUUUUUCAGUUUCAAUGUUCUAAAACAAAAUCCAAAUCACUAAUCUUAUACAUGCAGUAUUCAGUAGAUAUUUACGUUGGCUCUGCUACCUUCUGUGCUUACAGCUCUGGCCAUUUUUUAAUUCUGCUGUUCAAAUCUCAAGUUUUCAUGACAAAACAAGCCUAUCUGUGGAUAGCUCUUUGAAUAGCUUCAGUUUGAAGAGAUAGUCAGAGCUAACAGCUAGUCUGAACGUAGCCACGAACAAAGUAAAUUCAACAAAGUUUUAUUGUGAUUUGUGCAAACACUUAAACUUUACACCACUUUUAGUUUUGCAUUAUGUAGUUAUUUUAGUAAAAAAAAUAAAAAAAAGAUGAAAUACAUCAGAGGUGCUACAGCUAGCUGCUGCUGUGGCUGUUUGCACUUUGAACCAAAUUCAACAGAGAACGAGAGUUACAUGUAUGUAAAGAUCUGUAAAACUGUUGUCAUACGCUCAUAUGAAAUUUUAGAGAAAGGAGCUUUUUCAAAAUGGCAGCAGUAUGCUUUGGUCUUGACUCAGUUCAGACUAGUUGUCAAUCCUGUCGGACUUAAUUACGCUCAGGUCAUCCAAAGAACACUAUCACAGGUAAGAUAUUAUUGUUUGUACUUAACCCUGCUUCGAAAUGGCCGUAAUAUCCCUUUAGGUGACAGAUCCCCCCUCACACACAGUUAUCUCUCUGAACUUUAAGCUGUUUUUUUUUUAUCAAACACCUGAUCAACAAGCUUUGCAUUGAAAGAAGCUUUGGCUGCUAACGUCACUGCCUUCUGUUGGAACGUGUCUGGUCAGCGCUGGCGU